GUUUACCUGGUAACACUGAGAGCAGCGGCCGCGCAGACGACCACCACCACCCGCCAGCACAGCCUCUGUCCCUCAGCGCGCCUCAGCACCACUCAGCACGACCCUCCUGCUGCCCCUGUGCUGACCUUCUCCGCGGCAGCACCUUCCGCGGCGACUAGAGGCAGAGUUAAUUAGUCAAACCAAGACUGAUCAAGAUGGGUAAGCACAAGAAGCAAGAGAAGAGGCCCAAGUCUGACUCUGAGUCCGAGUCUGAUUCUGACUCUGGACCUGAAGACAGGAAUGAGCCUGCUCCAAAGAAGUCCAAGGCUGAAGGUUCCAGUUCAAAGAGGCUGAAGAAUGAUCUUGGAGAGACUUACUUUGAGCUGGAACGCAACCGCCGUGUUAGCAUCCGAGAAUUCCGUGGCAAGCUGAUCAUUGACAUCCGUGAAUAUUAUGAGAAGGAUGGAAAGUACCAUCCUGGUAAAAAAGGUAUCUCACUGAGUGCAGUCCAGUUUAACAAGCUGAAGUCCCUGAUGCCCGACAUUGAUGAAGUGAUUCAAGAGAUGUAAAUUGCCUUGGGCAGCUAAACACCAAAUAAAUUUGUCAAGUUUUGUCGUAUUUAAUUAUAAGCAAUGUAUUGCUGUGACUUUAUGUUAAGAAAAACAAAUGGCUAUUUCUCAUCAUUCACAAACCAAUGUGAUUCUUGGUAAUUUGGUUCAAUAAAGAUUUUGUAUCUGA